UGAAACUAUAACUGGAAGGGACAUAGUCGGGCAUAAUAUAAAGAAGAAUAUUUUGACUAUUUUCUUCUGCCAACGAAAGCUCCAGUCCAAUUUAUAUAAAGCAUAAUAUCCGUGCGUAAUUCGGAGAUAAUGGCAUGCUACUUGGGUGAUCUAGGGUUGGAUGAUGACAACAUGGAAGUCUCAGAGAGCCCAGAACAUGUCCUGUAUCAGACUGCCCCUUCUCUAACCAUGGAUGAGAGAUACCAUAUAUUCAUCAGCUACAGCAGCAGAGAUUCAAUCUGGGUCAUUGGUCUUAUCCAUAAACUCGAGAAGAUGUUGCCAAGUCUUCAGAUUUGCUAUCAUGAGAGAGACUUUAUCCCUGGAAGGACUAUCAUAGAUAAUAUGAUUGACUGCAUCCAAAAAAGUAAAAAAAUCUUGGUAGUGCUGAGUCCGGAUUUUGUGCGCAGCAACUGGUGUCUCUUUGAGACCAACCUCUCCAUGUUCAAGGACUGUUUGGGGCACAAAGCCAUUGUUCCCAUUAUGUUGAAACCUUGCCCAGUGCCUCUGCAUCUCAGCCACUUUACUUACAUAGAUGCUGAAGAUGACCAGUUCUUUGAGAAACUUAUCAAUGCCAUUUUAAAUGGAAAUGAGCCAGAAUCUGAUGAAGACGUUAUGUUUCAUUACCAGUCAUCCAUUCUCUACAAUGGGAAGUCCCUGCUCACGUUGGCUGCAGUAAAUAAAAAUGAUCUGGAAGCUAAUAAUAUAAUAUUUUCUGAUGCCUCUGUCCCUGACUCACUCAAAGCAGUUGUAAAAGACUCUGAUUUGUACAAGGAAGCCAUUCGGAUACUCAAUGCAACCCCCACUUUUAAUAGCAUCUUUAAUUCUAAAAUGGUAAUAGUAUUAUUAUCAAUAACAUUUGGUCUCCUUUUCGCUCUGCUUUUAAUGGCAUUUGUUUUCUCAUGUUUCACGUACUAUGCUUGGUUUUUAUGCCUUCCACUAAGUUUUUCCCCAAUUUUUAUUGAAGCUUCCAGAUUUGAAAAAUGGGAUGCGUACAAGUUAAACAAAAUAACCAAAGAGAUGAUCAAAAGCACUGGACGUGCAAACUUACUUUUGAUGAAGACUUCCAUCCUGGCUGGUUACCCAAGCAAAGGACAGCUGUUCUUUGUCUACAUCACAUGUCUAAAAAAAUGCAUGCAGAAUUUGGAGAUAACUUUUGGAACCGGAAGUGCAUUGGCUACUGCUAUGUGGGAAAAAGCCAUUGUCAAACAUUCUUCUGAAUAUGCUUGUUGCUUAUCCAGAAAAUGUUUUCCUUUCAAAGACAAUGAGGUUCCCAGUCAUCUGAAAGGAGGAGUUUGUUUCUGUCAGUUUGUAAUUGCUCAGAUAAAAAAUGGUGAUUGGCCAUGAUAAGCAAUAUGCUCGACUUGCUAUAAAAUUCAAGGAAAAUGAAACGUCAUUUUUUUUCUUUCAUAAUUCAGAUAGAGCAUGCAAUUUUAAACAUUCCAAUUGAUUUUUAUUGUUUAAUUUGUUUUGUUCACUUUGUGUCUCUUGUUGAAAAGUAUAAAAAUGAAAACAUAAAUAGUAAUAGUAUAAUCAGUAUUAGAAAA